AUGAAGAUCACGGGGGUGCUGCUUCUGCUCUCUCUGGCCCUUUUCAGCAUCUCAGUUCCAGCUACUGAUGCGCUGCAGGCUGCAUCUGCCUACUGCAGGAACCAGAGGGCUAUCAGGAAUAUGUGUACCAUGGAGUAUGUUCCCCACUGUGGGUCUGAUGGUGUCACCUACCCCAAUAAAUGCACGUUCUGCAAUGCCUUCCUGAGAAGCCGUGGAGCUCUUUCCUUGAGGUCUCUUGAAGCCUGUUAA